CUAACUAAGAACACUAUAAUGGUACCUAUUGGUAAUUCCUACUUUUUUUAAUUAUUCUUUUUAUAUAAAUUUUUUUAAACAAAUAGGAAAAGGGAAUCACUUUUAUCUUUAUCCAAAAAAAACAAAUCUUAUAACUAACACCCCACACUACUGGAAAUGGUUCAUGUGUAAAACAUUAUUCUUUGCAUUACAUAUAUAUAACCCCACAAAUAAGGAUCUAAAUAUAAAUUCCACAUAGAAUUUGUAGCAUCCACUGUUGGAGAUGCUCUAAGAGGGAUAGUUCUGAGGCUGAGGUGUAUACGUUAGGAUCGGAUGAGUGGAAGGGGAUUGGAAGUGUGAGUUAUAAAUUUGAGGCUCAUCGCGGGGUGUUGUUCAAUGGAUUACUUCAUUGGGUAGCUGUUGGGGAUUUUAAACACUCUGAAUGCGUUUAGACGUAAGAAACCUCUAGUUAUAGUUGCAUUUGAUUUUGUGAGUGAGAAAUUUGAGGAAGUAGCGUUCCCAGAAGAGCCUUUGACAGCUUUAGGAGAAUUUAAGAGUUGGGAUUGCUGGGCAAAUGUGGGGGAGUUGGGAGGAUGCCUCUAUGUGCUUUCGCAUGUUGAGACGGUCAGGAUUGAUGUAUGGGUAUUGCAGGAGUAUGGGGUGAAGGAGUCCUGGGUUAAAAGUUUAACCAUUUCAUAAGAGAUGAUUGACAAGGUAGAGUUUAAUCGGUCAUUUGAUGGAGAUAAUACACCGUGUGCCAGGCUAAUACAGAGUUUCAAGAACAAUAAUGUGUUAUUGCAGGUGAAUAACAGUUUAUUUUUGUAUGACCCAAAGAACAAAAGUGUUAGACAACUGACGAUCUGUGGUGCUGAGGAAUGGACUGAUGCAGAGAUUUAUGUGCCGAACCUUGUUUCACUUAACUCUGAUAGUAGCCGUGAAUGGGAGAGGGUGAAAAGGAGGCAACCAUUUAAGUAUGGUACUAGCUUUGUAUGGCAGAGGCCGAACAAGAGGCAACCAGCUAGAGAGUACAAGGUGGAAAACUUUAGAGCAAAGCUGGAAGAGAUUUGUCAAGGAUGACCCUGUUUUGGCUGUGCAGGUGGUGUCAGCUUUGAUGCUGGGCCAGCUAGACCAAGAUUGUUUGCAAUAUCUGUGUUGCAAUGUUUAUCUACUAAAUGUGUAACAGAAUCAUCAUUUGCUAUCUAGUUUAUUAGCUCCUAAAAGAUUGUUCACUUUUAUUACUAGCCUUUUAGUUAUGUUAACUGGUAGGGAUAAAAACCUAACUCUAUGCGAUGUUUGUUACUUAACGAGGAUAAUAUGUAGUAUUAAGAAGAUUUUC